GCUUGGUUUCAAAGGCUGGUGCGUGAGUUCGGGCUCCGAGGCAGGCGUGUUCCGUUUGGGGGUACCCGUCCCUGAGUUGUGAUUUAAUUGUCACUCCAGAAAGAUGCCGUCUCGCCUGGAAGACUACGAUUUGAUAGAGACUAUUGGCUCCGGCUCCUACGGCAGAUGCCAGAAGAUCAGGAGGAAGUCGGACGGUAAGGUUCUUGUUUGGAAAGAGAUGGAUUAUGGAUCAAUGUCUGAGGCAGAGAAACAGAUGCUUGUAUCAGAGGUGAACUUGCUUCGUGAGCUUAAGCAUCCAAACAUUGUUCGAUAUUAUGACCGUAUUAUUGACAGAACAAAUACAACAUUGUACAUUGUAAUGGAGUUCUGUGAAGGAGGAGACCUGGCCAGCCUGAUUAGCAAGUGUAUACGGGAAAGACGGUACCUAGAAGAAGAUUUUGCCUUGCGUGUACUUGCACAGAUAGCUCUGGCCUUGCGAGAAUGUCAUAGACGCUCUGGUCACACAGUGCUACAUCGAGAUCUCAAACCUGCUAAUGUCUUUCUUGAUGUACAUCACAAUGUCAAGCUGGGGGAUUUUGGUUUGGCAAGGAUUUUACAGCAUGACACCAGUUUUGCCAGAACAUUCGUUGGCACUCCUUAUUAUAUGUCUCCAGAACAAUUUAAUCAUACGUCCUACAAUGAGAAAUCUGACAUAUGGUCUUUGGGAUGUUUGCUGUAUGAACUUUGUGCGCUUACCCCACCUUUCACUGCAUUGAAUCAGAAGGAAUUAGCGGAGAAAAUAAGGGAAGGCAAGUUUAGAAGAAUCCCUUUCCGCUAUUCAGAUGAACUCAAUGAUCUCCUUGGCAGAAUGCUAAAUCUUAAGGAUUAUUUGAGACCUUCUGUUGAGGAACUAAUGCAGCAUUUCUUGAUUGCAAAUUUGGUGGCUGAAGAACAGCGCAAAGUUUCAGCUGAAAGAAGAAGUAGUAAAUCUCUGGAGAACGAUAAUUUCCAGGAUAGUAACCCACUGAUGGCUGAGUUGAAACUCAAAGAGGAUCAGCUUCACAAUAGGGAGAAGGCUUUGAAAGAAAGAGAAGUGCUUCUUGAACAACGUGAACGAGAGCUUUGCAUCCGAGAGAGACUGGUAGAAGAAAAAUUUUCUAGAGCAGAGAGCUUACUAAAGAACUACACUUUUUUGAAGCAACAGGAAAAACCGAAAAUGCCUGUUGGUAGGUUAGAUGACUGCUUUGGCACAGAAUCCUCUCCAGGGAAGAAGAAAGUUCAUUUUGCAGGAGAAGGUAAAGAGAACAUUCAUUUUAAGGAAAUUGGUGCAACAAAACAACUUCUGAAUAAACCGAAGAACUUGGAUCUGAAGAAAAGACUGCAAGCUGCCAACCUCCGAGCUAGAACAUUAUAUGAAAUGGAAAAAAGUUAUCAGCUAAAGAGCAGACAACUUUUGGGGAUGCGCUAACUUAUUUUUGUCAUUGACAUUGGGGGGGGAAGAACAGAUUCUUUGAAAGAUUGUCAUAAAGCUAACUAUCGUUGGCUUAUGAAAGUGACCUGCAAAUGCCUGAUGACUGAACGUUUUAGGGUUUUAAUCCCAUAUCCCGAACUGGAAAUACCAUCUGACUAUCAGGUGUAAGAAAGAACAUCCAUUUGCUUUAUCUAGCAGCAUUGCUCACUUUGACUUGUGGCAUGCUCAUUCUCCUCUGAUUUCCCUACUACACAAUUAUUCUUCACACUUUUGGAAUUUUGCUUUUGAACCUCUUGCAGCAUAAAUCACAAACCACACUGAAAUGGUCGUCACAUUACAUCUUUCAAAUCUUUGCACUAGCACUACUGUUACAUUUAAUGUGAUCAAAUAAGUUGUAGAAUAUUUUUAGAAAUUUUUGUUUAGAGUUUUGUUUCAACCUUAUAUAUCUUUUAAGGAAUUAUUUUACCAUUUUUAUGUAUAAACUAUUUGGUGACCGAAUUGCACUGUCUGUGUUUCUGUAUUAAAACAUUAGUAUCUGUAAUCUGAGACAGUAACUCCACUUCAGUGGGGCAGGAAGAUAUGUAAUCAAUUCCUUUCUGGAGAAAAGAAUACUUGUCUGGAUAUAUAAAGUAUAGUUAUUAUGGUUCUUAUUUACCCAACAAAGUUGAAAGUUGCCCACUUCUUUGGAUAAUGAAAAGCUGUUAGCUGACUUUCCGUUCUUGAAUGCAACAGUUUAAAUUUCUAAGAACAGGCUCAAGUAGGCCAAUCACUCUCUGAAGCAUGCACUUCUAUUGCAUAAAAUUAUGGUUGACCCACUAUUGUUGUCAACAUCACUUUCCCAUACUCUACCUCCAGAUCACUUGACACCCUGGUAUCUAUCAAUAUCUAGGAUAUAUUCAAUAAUUCUACCUCACCAGUUCUUUAAAGAAGGUAAUUUCAAAGAAUUGCGGACAUCUGGGAAAAUAAAUUCCACUUGACUUCCAUUUAAAAUAGUUGACACUUUAUUUUAAAUAAUCCCCCUACUUUGAAAUACUCAGCCAUAGGAAACUCCAAUGAAAGAGGCUCAAUCUUGUUUUCCUUUAUCAACUUCUGUAUCUCAGGGAUCAAUGGCGUAAACCUCUGCAUUGUCUCCAGUGUAAACACAUUCCUCUUUAAUGAGAUUCAAUGUUUUACACAAUACAUUUGUAAAUUAGCAUCAAAGCUUCCUUAAAUACUCCAAUCAAGGCCUACCCACUUGUUAUACUUGCAUAGUAACAUUUUUAUAUGUGCUCUGAUGAUGAAAUCCUGUUGUACUACAACAUUGCCUCACUAAUUAAAAUAUUAUUUUAUUCUUUAAAAAUAGAUGACAUUACAUUUCCCAAAUUAUAUUUGAUCAGUAAUUGUCAUUGUGGCCAUAUACCCAUACAUAGGUCUUGUCUGACUAAUUUAAUCUUUUUGAGGUGGUGACUAAGUGUGUUAAUGCAAGUAGUGCAAUUGAUGUAAGCAACACAAACUUUAAUAAGGUCUUUGGCAAAAUAGAUCUGAAAUUGCCUUGGUGAUAGGUUGCAGAUGGUAAAAAUAAAAUGUUGCUUCUCAGUUGGAAGACUGUGUUGAGUGCUGAACCACACAGAUCACUGCUAGGACCUUGCCAUUCAUUAGUACACUUGAUUAGUCCUGCACCUCACUAUAUAUUCUACGUUUGUACAUAAUUUCUCUCCAACCAAUGACGGACUCAUUUAUUUGUUAGCUGGCAUAAUCCCCUUCUGCUUGUCUGGAAUAAAGAUACUAAAUUCAUUGUUAACAAGUCAUCUGGCACCUGGUAUAUGUGUACUAAGUAUUGAAAAACUUUUGAUCUCAAAUCUAACUGCCCCUCUUCCUGUACUCUUCAAUUGCGCUGGUCUC